CCGGGCUCAGGCCUUAGUCAUGCGACAUGGCUAAACGCAUCAAGAAAGUCAGAAUCGUGGGUAAAUAUGGGACCCAUUAUGGUGCCUCCCUCCGGAAAAUGGUGAGGAAAAUUGAAAUCAGCCAGCACACCAAGUACACUUGUUCAUUCUGUAGCAAAACCAAGAUGAAGAGACGGGCUGUGGGGAUUGGGCACUGUGGUUUCUGCAUGAAAACAGUGGUUGGUGGUGCCUGCACCUACAACACCACAUCUGCCGUCAAAGUCAGGUCUGCAAUCAGAAGACUGAAGGAAUUGAAAGACCAGUAG